CUGGGAUUCAGAUAUCCAGCACACCGGACAAAAGGCAUUCGUUCCACAAUGUCCAAGAAGCGGAAGAGGGAAGUUGACCUGGAGCUGGUUCAGGUUUACGAACACUUAGCGGACGACACUGAAGCCAUCCGCCUCAAAGCCGCCCAUACCUUGGUCGCGAAGAUCUUCAAGCCCGGAGUGACGAGCGAUGAUCAGACAACGACCAUACUGAAUCGACUAUUUCGCGGCCUUUGCAGUAGUCGGAAGUCUGCUCGUCUCGGCUUCUCUGUCGCGCUUACAGAGCUCCUGUCUCAACUUUCCCUGGCUGGUGAUUUGCCUGCUUCUACCCUGGUGGAUAUUCUGGAGACUCAAACCGUUGCAGAAGGAGGUACCUCUGGUCAGGAUGAGCGUGACCACUAUUUCGGACGAGUCUUCGGUGCUGAGGCUGUACUCAAAUCUGGCUUUCUCUUCAGGAAACCAAACCCCGAUCAAUGGAAACGAGUGUUGGAUCUCAUUUGCGAAUUGGCCAUCAAAAAGCCCUGGCUCAGACAAGAAUGUGGCUGGGUUGUUUUGACGUCCAUUGCUUCUGGUGGGCCAGAUGUCCCAGAACAAUUCGCCGUCGAUUCGGUUGAAGUCUUGGUUGCCAACAAACUCAUACGGACGCCGGAGGGACUCGCCAUAUGGUUGACAACCGCCAGGCUCUUCCCCGACGCCAAAUUGCCCAAGGCGGUUUGGAAGCACGGCGAUCCAUUGGCGACGAAGGAUGUUAAUCUUCUUGCCGAUAUUCUCAAGGAUGCCAGGAGUCAACCUCAAGCCGAUGCCGAAUCUGAAGCUCAAGGAUCAGCUCGAUGGUCGGCGACAUUGCACUUUGCCUGGGACGUUGUCUUGGGAGAACUAUUUCGGGACUUAGGACCAUCAUCACAUAAUGGUCUUCAUUAUGUGGAGGACAAGAAUGGGCGGGUCACUUUCGCGUUAUUCUGGCAGAAGGCCGUAGACGAGAGUCUGUUUUCGUCCAAGAGCAGCGCGGAGCGCAAAGCUUGGGGUCUUGCACUAUGGAAAAAGGUCUUCGAAACAGCUCCGCACAAUAUGCUGCAGUAUACGUUCACAGGACAAGCCACAGCCUGCCUUGUCAACUCGCUUAAAAGCUCCGAGCGACUUCUCCAGAGACAUGCUCUGAGAGUCUCCGAGACCUUUCAUACUCGCCUUCAAGGUGAGGUUCUAGGCUCAAGUCUCAACCAAGGCCUGACGGGCGCCUGCUUCAAGGCACUUCUUAACAGUGUCUCGUUCGGCGACUUUGAUCAGAUCACGAAGACAAAGACGAUGCAAAACAUCAUAGAUUCUGCCGAUGACAGCUUGCUGCAGACCAUAGGCGAUGCUCUGUCGACUAUCGCCCUUGAACCUGUACCAGGUGAGGACGAGAGACGCUUACUUACGCGGCAAAAAGCCGUCAUCGGUCUUCAGUUCAAAGUUAUAACGGCUGCUCUCAGACAUGCGGAGCAAAAAGGGCUGUCUGAAGAUCCCAAGGAAGCACGGGCUGCCCGUGAUAUAAUGACGGUCUGGAUUGUUGAAACUUCUUCUGUGCCCAAUCAGGUACUCCAUCAGACAACAACAAAAGACCAUACAUUGUUCCCGCCCAAGCUACUUCCCGGUGCCCGCGAGUUCAUGGUAGAAAGACUGACCCUGGCCUUUGAACAAACGCUGAAGCUCGGGGCGGUUGGAUGUCGGAUGCUCCGAAAUACGGUCCUGCUCCUGAAACCCAAGGACAAAGAUGGCCAAUCGCUGUCUAUGCAAUUCGAGGAAGACAUCAAAGACCUGCUGCUACAAGCCUGGCAGAAGCUGAGUCGCUUAUCAAAAAAUCUUGAAGAGCUGUGGAGUAAUUCUCUGUCUUCGGAUACAAAUUCUGCUGACAAUAUUUAUCCGGCAACCUACCCGACUUUCUCGGACGGCCUCUGCCUGCUUUAUUGCCUGGUCCUUUUCCAAAUCUAUACUGGCCAGAAUGAAGCGGUCGAAAUCUUGCAGGAUCUACUGGAGUAUCAUGAUCGCUGGGAGGCAUCUAAAUCGACGAAAUCGAAGGCCCAGACGGAAGAUAAUCCUGCUGAUGCCAUGAUAGAAAUCAUCCUCAGCUUUGCUUCUACGCCGUCCAAAUUCCUCAAGAGAAUCACAUUGCAAAUUUUCGCGGCCUUUGCAGCUUACGUUAGUCGCAAUGGCCUGGAUUCUCUGUGUCGCAUCCUGGAGACGAAAGAAAAUGUGCAGGGUCAGCAAGAGAUGUUCAAGGCCGAAGAUGUCGAAAUGGAAGAUGGCGAGGAUGCCAGCAAUGACUCUGACGAUGCAUCUCUAGACUCUAAUGUUGAAGUCGAAUCAAUGUCCGACGCCGAAGUGUCUACCUCUGACGAGAGAGGAUCAGGAACCGAGUCGGAAGAAUCAGAUGAUGAUUCCGCAGACGAGUCGGAAGACGAAGAAGACGAAGAGCUUGCCGCAUUUGAUGCGGCGCUUGCUUCUGCCCUAGGUACCCGUCGCCUGGAUCAAAAUGACCUCGCUGACGCCUCUGACUCCGAGUCAUCCUCUGGUUCUGAUAUGGAUGAUGACGAAAUGAUGGAACUGGAUUCGAAGCUUGCCGAAGUCUUCCGUGCGCGGGAGGAGCAGCAGUCGAAGAACAAGAAAAAAGAAUCGAAGAAUGCGAAAGAGAACGUGGUGAAUUUCAAGAACCGGGUACUUGACCUUCUCGAAGCAUACUUGAAACACCAACAGCUGAACCCUUUUACCAUCUACUUGGUUGUGCCUCUGCUUCGACUUGCAAGGACAACUUCAACGAAGCAGCUUGCAGAACGCGGAUGCAGCGCGUUGCAGCAGUUCUGCGGUCGUUGCAAAGGGACGAAUGUUCCCAUGCUGACUGGCACCGCUCAAGUUGGGGAUGCCAUUCAGGUCCUGCAGUCAAUACACGACGAGGCAUGCAUGGAAUCUUCAAAUGCACAUUCGAAAGCUGCGGGCCAGGCCAGUCUUCUGCUCGUCAAGAUCCUCGUCCAUGCAGACCCGGUGAACAUCACUUCAGUUCUUGAGAUCUAUACGGCGACGAGAUUGAGACAGUUAACCCAGAAGAAGUGUAGAGUCUCGCCCGGGUUCUUCACGGAAUGGAACAAUUGGUGCCAGACUGCGCGAGAGAAGUUGGCAAGAUGAUACGUGUCUGGUAUGCGACGUGCGCGGUAACUGAAUAUCAAUGCAAUCGAAGAAUGCCCACCUCGGAGACUCAACACGACAGCCCUGUCAAGCCCAGGUUGUCGCAAGCCUUCUGGUCCAGCUACUCGUGUUCAGGGAGCUGAAUAAGGCAGAGCUAUACUCGAUGCGGAUAAACCCAGUUGCUUACACCACAACCUCCGUCCUAAUACGAAUGUCAUUUCCCCCUCGAGAAGCACUGACCCGGAUGCACUUCUUCUGGCAACUACCAACCGGGUUGCAGAUCCCGAUGCGAUUGGUGCGACAUGCCUCGCUGGGAAAAUUAUACAGUUCUCCACCCUGUCUAUUGGGUGUACUUCGUGACCAGGGAGCCUUGCUCACGCCAAAUCCGGUGUGUACAGAACGCUUAGCUCACGGCUUACAUGAGCCAGAUACAUCAAUCAGUCCACCAUGCCCUCCCUACAUCCAGCUGUG